GGUGCUUGGUGGUGUAACUUUGUUGCUUCUUUGGUUUGUAAGGACUCUUUCCUUGCAGAUUUGGCCUGACCACGUGGCCUGCAAAUUAGCCACACAUAUGACAGUAGAAGAAAACAAAUUUCAUCAUCAGUGCUAUAGAUUUUCCAAAGGUUUCCUGCAUAUAUUUUUUUCACUACUGUUUGCUUCAUUUCCAAUACCAUUUCUCUUAGAAAUGUCCCCAAAACGAUGGUCUGCUGUUAGGCUAUUUCCCAAAGCUCCUCCAUGCAAAAUUUUCUUGCAGAUUUUGGGUUGCCCACAUGGAAUUCAAAUCGUCCACGCCGACAAUGAAGAAGAAAACAAAUUUUACCCCUUCGAACAAUAGGCCUCACCGAUUGGCACUCAUGAUGAUGGCUGGAUUUUGUUUUUCAUGCCAUGUGUUUCUGCAUCAAACAUGGGAUUUCUCAUAAGAUAUAUAUAUCCUCUGGAUGGAAUUGUUGUUACCCUAUUCUUCCCAUCACUGUUGGCAUUGUUGCUGCCAUAUCGUUGUUGAAAUUAGCCAUCCAAAGCUCUGCUCCUGCUGUUGUAAAUCCUGAAAUGGCAACUAUCACCAACGAUGCUGUUACUGCUAAUGUUGGUGGGGAUUUGAAUCUCGAGGCAACUGACUUGCCAACCUCAACUAUGACCUUUGUGGUCAACCCUAGUGUUACUUCGGCUGUUCCAGGAGGAUCACUCAGUCACCAUGAGCGCCCAGAGAAAUUUGCUAGGGUGAAUUUCAAGAGAUGGCAGCAAAAGAUGUUGUUCUACUUGACCACGCUGAACCUUCCAAAGGUUUUGAGUGAGGAUCCUCCAGCUGUGACAGAGAAUGAGCCAGACAGGAAGAGAGUCAUGGCACUUGACACAUGAAAGUAGACAGACUAUCUUUGCCGAAACUAUGUGUUCAACAGCUUGGCAGACUCAUUUUAUAGUGUGUUUUUUGCCAAGAGUUUAGCAGAAGAGUUAUGGGAAUCUCUGGACAAAAAGUACAGGACUGAGGAUGUUGGGGCAAAGAAAUUUGUGGUUAGCCAAUUCUUGGACUUUAAAAUGGUAGAUUCAAAAACUAUGACAAGCUAAGUCCAAGAGUUCCAAGUGAUCUUGCAUGAAAUUCAUGGUGAGAGGAUGCCUUUGAAUGAGUCAUUCCAAGUUACUAUGAUCAUUGAGAAACUUUCUAAUGGUUGUAAAGACUUCAAGAACUACUUGAAGCACAAGCGCAAGGAAAUGUCAGUUGAAGAGCUGGUUGUCCGACUCCGGAUUGAAGAGGAUAAUAGAAAGAAAUGAGGGAGUACCUCCUCUAUGAAGGCCAAUGUCAUCGAGCAUGACAAAUCUUCUGGGGUGAGGAAGAAGCCCCUUGUGAACAAGGGCUCAAAUCUAGGGCCAAGGGAUGUUAUUGCAAAGAAGUUGACAUAUAAGCCGCAGGAACCUGGUUAUCGAGUUUUAGGGAAGUGCUACAACUAUAGUAGUGAGGGGCAUCGGGCUAGUAACUGCCGCAAGCAGAAGAAGCCAAACAAGACCAAACCUCGUGCUCACAUGACAGAUAUGCAAGAGCACUCACUACAAGAAAAAACACUUUUGGCGACCACCUUUUUUUUUUGGUCGCAAAUAGUCCACUUUCUGGGACCAAAAUUUAACUUUU